AUUUAGCACAUACAUUGAUUAUUUUAGUAGUGGAGAUUUGGUUUAGCUAUUUUGUGCUCUUCCUUAAAAACAUAAUUUUAACAUAAAAAAAGUUAAUUAAGGCAGCAUUUGUCUGCCUCAUUGUAGGAUGACAGUAAGAUAAUGUGUAAGAUGUACCCCACUGACUUAGAUCGCACUGCAUACAUGUAAGCAUUUUAAACAGUGAGAUCUGAAGAGGAGUUAUUACAAGCAAAGAAAACUUCACUUCAGAUCUUAGAUAUGAAUUGUUUUUAUAUGUGACUCAAUUUUGAUUUGAGUUUUUGCCCCCUAGACAUAAUAAAUGGAGGAAAAGAUCUGUAAAGUAUUUGAUGUUAAUUGAAAAAUCAGGUCAUGUAGGAAGGAGACAGUCCAUCAGCACAUUUGCUCUCCAGGGAUUCAGGAGAAACAAACACAAUGUCUGACGGCAAUGAUGUGUGGGAGUCAGCCGGCAGUGGGACGAAGGAUAAAGACACAAGUGGAUUCUCUGAACAUGAACUCCUUGACAUCAUGUAUAAUACAUGUAACACCGCCAACACAGGAGAGGUGUUGGCCUCCACCAUCAUGGAGUACCUGCAGACCAUGACGGCUCAGAGUCCUGAGCAGGACGGACUGGAUUCCCUGCGACGGCUACUCGACCCUGACUGUCAGGACCCUCACGUGAGCAGAGAGACUUUCCAAGUCACCAUAAGGGAGUGGAUCGCACAGUGCAGCCAGGACAGCUCUAAUGUGGACAGCAGUCAUGUAUCUUGGCCUGACUCUUCUAAAGUGCCUGUAAACAGAUUGGAGUCCUCAGCUUCUCAAAGCAAAGCUUCCUCCUCAGAAAGCCACCAGUGUUCCUGUGAUGGAAAAGACCUUUUAGGCACAGUGACCGACCUGAAGCACGCUCACCGCAAGCUGAGUGAGCAGAACAGCAGUCUGAUGAGGACGGUGACUCAGUGUGAAGACGUAAACCUGCAGCUCACUCUUGAGGUCACUGAGCUGCGAGCUAAGCUGGCCAGUGCUCAGGGGUCAGCAGUGAGAGCCAGGUCCCUGACAGAAGAACUGGAGGAGACCCGUCGGGCGUUCAAAGAGGCCCAGGAGAGAGCCAGCCGCACUCAGACCAGCUGCAACCAACUGAGCAAGGAGGUUGAAUGCCUGAAGGUUCACAUUAGGAGGCUGGAAGACAAGAAUGAAAAACUCAGCUUUGAAAGGACAUGUUCAGAAGAUAGUAUCAACAAACUCCGGAAGGUCAAUGCUGAGUUGAGGGCCGAACUCGAGGAAACCCUGGUUAUGUUUACACUGAGAGACCGAGAAAUCGCAAAGAAAGAUAUUCUUAUGGAUAAGAUGAAGAACUCUCAUGUGGAGAACCACAACAUGAUUGAGGGUCUGCAGUCAGAGCUGGCGAGGUUACAGGAACAUUCACACCAUGUUCUUUUGAGGUAUGACAGACACUGUAUCAGUCCUCAGAUUCUCUACAGUCGAGAUCCUCCAAACCACCGCUCUCUGCAGAGCGAGAUGCAGGAUAUGCAGCAGCAUCACAGAGAUCUGGACGACAGAAGCCUCGCGUCCCUGCACACACACAACGAUGAUAUUCAGAGCAUCAUCCACAGGAUUAAGUCUGCAGAAAUAGCUCAUCUUCUGCACAAUAAGUAUCCUGAGAGGGACUCUGCUCCUGUAGAAACACAGGAGAGGCCUUUUCCUCACCGCCAGCAGCAACAGGCAAGCAUCAAGCAGCAGCUUGUCAAUGUGUAUGUGAGUUUUUUACCUCCCUUUCUCCUGUUAUGGUCACAGACUGGAUUUGGUUGAUGUUAGCCUCUGUUCUUAGAAGCUUUCUCCGGCUAAUAAAAAGGGGUGUCCGUUUUUGACAGUAU